UUCUUGAAUGUCAGGGCCUCUUGCGUGUGUCGUCACGGCAGUUUGGUUCCACCUCUCGGCGUUUCCACAGUCUCUGUUGUUCGUAGCUUCCCUUUGUCCAAAUAUUGUUCGUAACCAUCUCUUCUUAGUGGGAAACAAACCUCAAGGGAUGAGCUGGAUAUUUUAGUUUUAACGUCAUUGCAAUUCUUGUAACGGUUCACCAAUGAUUUAGUUUUUUACAAUGGAGCGAAGAGGAUGCAAGGGACGAAGGAUGCACGGAUGUUUGAUCGGUUGUGUAGUUGCUGCGCUUUUGUGGAGCGGUGCUUUAGCCCAGUUGAGAUACUCAAUCCCUGAGGAAGUUGACGAAGGAACUGUCGUUGGAAACAUCGCAAAAGACUUAGGACUGGAUAAAAACACACUGAAAGACAGGAAGUAUCGGAUUGUUUCGAGCAAUGCGGAUCCUCUCUUCCGUGUAAACCAGGACGAUGGAAUCCUUUACGUGAGUCGACGAAUUGAUAGGGAAGACGUGUGCGCACAGAGCAUUACGUGCUUAUUAAAUUUAAAAACGGUCCUCGAGAACCCACUGGAAGUUCACUAUGUUGAAGUGGAGAUCGUGGAUAUUAAUGACCAUUCACCUGUUUUUCAGGAGAAAAUGAAACGGUUGGAGAUUUCAGAAUCUGUGUUACCCGGAGCGCGCUUUCAGUUAAAGCCCUCACGGGAUCCAGACAGCGGUCAGUUUUCUGUACAUCAGUAUAAACUUAACCAGGACGAUCACUUCCGUUUAGAGGUCAAAGAUAAAAGUGACGAUGGCAAAAUACCAAUAUUAGUUGUUCAAAAAUCAUUAGACAGAGAGAAUGCAGGGAGUCACACGUUAACAUUAACAGCAUUCGAUGGAGGGAAACCUCCGAAAUCUGGUGAGAUGAAGAUUUUAGUAAAUGUUCUAGAUAUUAACGACAACGCGCCUGUCUUCACUAACGAUGCUUAUUCCGUGAUGCUAAAUGAAAAUGCUCCAUUAGGGACAACAGUCAUUCAGGUAAAUGCAACAGAUUUAGAUGACGGUCCGAACGGAGAAGUUGUUUACUCGUUUAGCAACAGUAUCAAUCAAAAUAUUUUAAAUCUGUUUGACAUUAAUAAAAAAACUGGCGAAAUUACUGUGAAAGGUUUAAUCGAUUAUGAGGAAAAACACAAGUAUGAAAUUGAAAUUGAAGCAUCAGAUAAAGGUUUGGCACCUCUUACAACAGAAAAAAGCGUUGUUGUGAAAAUAGUUGAUAUGAAUGAUAAUGCGCCCGAGAUUGACAUUACCUCGUUCUCUAAAUCAGUUCCGGAAGAUUCAAGACCUGGAACCACAGUUGCCCUGAUCAGUGUUAAUGACUUGGACUCUGGCCUUAACGGAAAAAUUUUGUGUUCCAUAAAUGAGGACGUUCCGUUUACUUUAUCUCCAUCGCUUAAAGAAAACAUGUAUUCUUUAGUUACUAAAUCCCCCCUGGACAGAGAAAAACUGUCACAGUAUGACCUGACUAUAACUGCAAAGGACGCAGGUCAACCUCGAUUAUCAUCUGAGAAAACAAUACACGUUGUGGUAUCAGAUGUGAAUGACAACAGUCCAGAGUUUUCACUGAGUCCUUAUACUUUUUAUAUCACUGAGGGAAACGAUCCAGGAGAAUCAGUGUUUUCUGUUAAAGCUUCAGAUCAUGAUGAAAAUGAUAAUGCUCGUGUUUCAUAUCAUUUAUUAAGAGAUGGACGUGAUGAUAAACAGGUUACUUCAUUUUUAAACAUCAACUCUGAAAAUGGAGACAUUGUGGCGCUGAAAAGUUUUGAUUUCGAGAAUCUGAAGACGUUCCAGUUCCAAGUCGUGGCCUCAGACUCUGGAACUCCGUCACUGAGCAGCAACGUCACAGUGAACGUGUUCAUCCUGGAUCAGAACGACAACGCUCCAGUCAUCCUGUAUCCAGUCAGCUCCAACGGUUCUGCUGAAGGUGUGGAGGAGAUUCCCCGCAAUGUGAACGCAGGACACUUGGUGACUAAAGUCAGAGCCUAUGACGCUGAUAUAGGAUAUAACGGCUGGUUACUGUUCUCACUGCAGCAGGUCACUGACCACAGUCUCUUUGGCUUGGACCGCUACACAGGACAGAUCAGAACACUGCGCUCAUUCACAGAGACAGACGAGGCUGAGCAUAAACUGCUCAUACUGGUUAAAGACAAUGGCAACGUCUCACUCUCAGCAACAGCUACUGUGCUGGUGAAACUGGUGGAGCCCAAAGAGGCUUUUGCAGCUUCUGAUGUCAAAAGUUCAGCAAAACACGACGAGGAGAAUAAUGUGACUUUCUACCUGAUGAUAACUUUGGGCUCAGUUUCAGCACUUUUCCUCAUCAGCAUCAUUGUGCUGAUUGCAAUGCAGUGCUCAAAGUCCACAGACUAUACUUCUAAAUAUCUGCAGGAGCCUAAUUAUGACGGGACACUGUGUCACAGCAUCCAGUACAGAUCUGGAGACAAGCGCUACAUGUUAGUUGGACCCAGGAUGAGUGUAGGAUCUACUAUAGUCCCAGGAAGCCACGCAAACACGCUGGUGCUUCCUGAUAGAAGAAAAAUGUCUGAGGAGGUAAGAAUCACUAACACAAAAUAAUGUUUGUCAUCCCAU